UAAUUAAUAAUUAAAAAUCGUAAGAAUCGAAUCGAAAAUCGCGCAACGAAAACGAUGAGGAUGAGCUGUAAUGGAUGCCGAGUUCUACGGAAAGGCUGCAGCGACGACUGCAGCAUAAGGCCGUGUUUGGAUUGGAUCAAAACCCCUGAUUCACAGGCCCACGCCACCGUCUUCCUCGCCAAAUUCUACGGCCGCGCCGGACUGAUGAACCUCGUCAAUGCCGGCCCGCAGCACCUCCGCCCUGCUAUUUUUAGGUCUCUGCUGUACGAGGCAUGCGGGAGGAUCGUGAACCCGAUAUACGGGUCGGUCGGGUUGCUAUGGUCCGGGAGCUGGCAGCUAUGCCAGAACGCCGUGGAGGCGGUUCUGAAAGGGGUUCCGAUAACGCAGAUACCAACCGACGCCGCCGAGAAUAAAGCCGGGCCGCCUCUCAAGGCCUACGACAUCAGGCAUGUUAACCGGCCGGAGGAUAAUCUCUCCGGUUCGUCGAACGAUCUUCACCGGGUCAGGAACCGGUUCCGUUUCAAGCGGGAUGGGGCGAAGCCGAGGCGGAGCCGGGUACGGGUCCGGGCGGGAUCGGCUGGGGAGGUUCGUAGGUCGCCGAGCCAUGAGUCCUCGUUGAGCCACCAGUCUGAGGAGGCGGCGGCGGCGGCUGAGACGAAUGUGGGGAUUGAAGAUACUGCUCGGGAGAGCGAGAGCUUGGCUUCGGCGGCUUGUGAAUCGGCUUCGGAGGAUGAAGGAGAAAUUGAGCUGGAUCUGACUCUCGGAUUCGAGCCGUUCAAACGCGCGGUGAAGCCGAAAGAAGUGGCGGUGAAGGAGGCGGAAGACGACGGCGGCGCUGGAUUAUGUAAAAUGGAGCUGCGGCUUGAUUGUGCUGUUCGUGGCUUCAACGGCUCGGGUUAACUAUUUCGUUAGUUUUAUUUUAUUUUUCCUUUUCUUUUGGAUCUUAUGUAGGACGAGUUUAAUGUUUAUUUUAAUUACCUAUAUUAGAAGAGUUGUACAAAAUGUAGUAGAGUUGGUACAUUAGUGUAGCUGGAACAAGUUUUGACUUGGUCAAUGAAAUUUUCAAAUUUCAUUUCUUUAUACUUAUUAGUUUUUU